AUGGCAAUGCUCUGCGGCGAUGCCUCCGUGUUGGACCGAAUGGCCGACCCCCGUGUCCUCGCGGCGCUGCAGCCUGAGUGCGCUUUUGCAUUUUCCUCCCGAUUGUGCGCUGCGCCUCCGCCCGGCCCACGCAGUUUGUUUUUCGCCGCACAUGGUGGAAGGCACUUGAGCGAGAUUGUGUGGCGGCAUUGGGAGCCGCUGCGGCGCGGGUCUCCGACGGGGCGGCUGCCACGGCAUGGGGCGGGUGGAGCCCCCAGUCGUCGACGCGCCCGCGCGCGUGUGCGGCACGAGUGGGACGGGCGUUCCGCCAGGGGUGGAGGCAGCCAUCCACUAGCGGGGAGGGGGGGGGGGCUAUUGGAGCAGGCGGUGGCUCGUGGUGUGGGUUGGCCGCGCAGGGUCGAUGCGCGAGCCGAAUACACCUUGUCUGUCCCUGGGCUCGGACGCCUGCCUCGUUCGGCAAAGCAGCCAUGUUCGCAUGCGCAAUGUGGCGCCGCCGGGCAUAGAGGGGGAGGGAGGGGGCGCCCCGCGCUGGCCGUCAGGUGCAUGCGGGUGGCGGGUAUGCUGCCGGCACAUGCGGCUUGCGGCUGCUCGUUCACUGUGAAAGCGUGCUGCCGGUUGCCCUCGGGGGCCCGUGAGGUGACUGUUGCAUGUGGACCUGGUCGCGCGGCGUUUUGUUGCGGGUGGCGGGGAGGCGCGACGGCGGCGCGUGUCGCGGGAGGCCCCGUGCACUUUCACCUGGCGACGAUAUGA